AAUUUAGACCGAAUACAUUAGGUUGAGGGAGUAUCAGAUGAGUCAAUUUUGUCCGGUCUGCCCUCGCAAAAGUCCCAACGCAAGUAAGUUCAAAAACUUCCAAGCCAAUAAGCCUAAUCGAGAGCGAAACCAAACACCAACCAUGGCUACCACCGGCGGCAGCCAACAACCCGAUAAACGGCCGCAAUCAAUCUUUGAACUCCCUGAAAAUUUCUUCGACUGUUGCUGUCUUCUUCCUCCCGCCAAACUCCUCCAUCAUCAUCCUCCCUCUUCAUCCACCCCUUUCGUCGAACCUGCCCUAACUUUGAAACAGCAAUUGCAGGAAGAAAUUCCAGAAGAUGAUGAAAUUUUGAAUGAUACUUCUAAUUUUAGUAAUAAUAGUAUGAAUACAUGGUCCUGCAAUAUUUGCAAGUCUGAAUUCGACUCUCUUCUUGACCAGCGCUCUCACUUCAAGUCCGACCUUCAUCGUUUCAAUGUAAAAUUAAACCUAGCGGGAAAAGUUGUUUUGAAUGAGGAUGACUUUGAUGAGUUAGCUUCAGACUCCUUUUCUAAAGACUUUGAUGUUUCAAGUAUAUCGGGAUCAGAAGAUGAAGAUGAAAGAGGAUCUCGUGCUAAGAAUUAUACAAGGGACAUGUCGGUUCAAAGUAUUAAGCAGAAACUAUGUGUCCAUCUUCAGUCAGGAGAAAAAGUCUCAAUAUGGAAGUGCUUUCUUUUGAAAGAUAACGAGGAUGUCUCCUAUGAGAACAAUCAGUUAGUGGUUGUGGAUGACAGUGGACGUGUUCCUGAUUUGAAAGUAAUAGAGAAGUUGAAAUCUUUGACUCACGAGCCAAGAGAUAAUACUCACUUGAGGAUUGUAUUGCUGGCCAGUGGCGGACAUUUUGCUGGUUGCGUCUUUGAUGGCAACACUGUUAUUACUUACAAGACGUUCCACAGAUAUGUUGUGAGGGCCAAGGCUGGUAAAAGACAGUCAACCAAAGAUGCAAGUGGCAGAUCUAUACAUUCUGCUGGAGCGUCACUUCGCCGCUAUAAUGAGCUUGCUUUGAAGAAGGAUAUUCAAGAGUUGCUUGCUUCUUGGAAGCCUUAUUUUGAUGCAUCUUCUUGUGUUUUCAUCUAUGCACCUUCAAGCAACCGCCAAAUGUUCUAUAAUGGUGAGGGCCCACUUUUCAGCAACCAACAGUGUGAUGCUAGGAAUAUUCCUUUUAGUGUUCGGCGGCCUACCUUGAAGGAAGCACGACGGAUAUAUAACCAGUUGAGCCUAGUUGUUUAUGAAAACGAGGAAGUGCUUCCUGAUAUAAAUAAGAUUGAAUUAAAUGUAAGCUGCGUAAGCGAUGCAAACAUAUUGAAGGGUGCCGAAAGGAGUGAAGUAAAAGUGAGUAAGGAGGAUGAAGUUUCUGGAAGUGGCAAAGUUACUGAUGAACAAUCCUCCUCAGAAGAAGGUGAUAAAGAAAUCGGACGUACUACAACUCCAUUACAUGAAGCAGCAAAAUCUGAUAAUCCUGAAAAGGUUUUGGAACUUCUAGAGCAGGGUUUAGAUCCUACUGUUAAAGAUGAAAGAGGGAAAACACCCUACAUGGUGGCUACUGAUAAGGAAGUCAGAAAUACUUUCAGACGCUUUAUGGCUUCAAAUCUUGAAAAGUGGGAUUGGCAUGCUGCUAAUGUUCCUAGUGCGUUGACUAAAGAGAUGGAGGAGUCUCAGGCUGCAAAGCAGGCUGAAAAAGAUGCUAAACGGAAAGCAAAAGCAAAGGAAUUGAAGAAACAGCGGAAAGCAAGGGAAAGGGAAAAGAAAGUUGAGGUCAAGGCUGCAGAAUCCCAGAAGAUUGCAACGGCCACAGAGAACAAAAGUGCUGCUUCUCCUUCAGUUAGAACAGUCCAAUCUGUGAUUGCAGCUAGAUUGUCCAAAGAGGAGGAACUAAAGAGGAAACAAUCCGAGGAGAGAGAAAAGAGAGCUGCUGCGGCUGAAAGAAGACUUGCCUUGGCUGCUGCGGCCGCUGCUAAUGCUCAAGGGGCUAGCAACACCGCUACUGCAAGCUCCUCCCAACCAAAAACCAACGUUGGCAGUACUGACACAGUUUGCUCCUGUUGUAAUGCAUCAUUGGUGGGUAAAGUUCCUUUCCACCGGUAUAACUACAAAUACUGUAGCACGACAUGCAUGCAAGUUCACAGAGAAUUUCUUGAAGAUGGUUAACAAAAUGGUUAGAGUUUCACCCAGUGCUUUUUUACUGUAGAAAUUUAAAUUUAUAUUGUUCAUUAUUAUGUUAAUGGCUUUAGUUUAAUGCUGUAUUACAAAUAAACAAUCAUAUCAAUAACAGUUAUACUACAUUUUUUUGAGAAAGAUUUAUCAUGGAAAAGAUCUGUCUUGUUGGCAUUUUGUUACAGUAAAGACACACUAAACUCUGACCUUUCUGAUUGGAAUACAGUACAUUAACGGAAAUUUAAGACAAGGAUGUAUUAAUACAUUACAAAAAGAAAGAAAAAGAAAGAAAGAAUUAAACAUAAGAAAACAAAUGAUGCUGAUUGUAAUGAAGUUGAAAUGUUUGGUUGAUGGCAAAUCUAGUUCUCUUCUUUUGUCACCGGCAGGCGACAAUCCGAGGCUACUCGUGAAAUUUGCUUCUCAUGCUCAACGGUCCCCAUCGGCCCUCCCUUCACAUCAUUGAUAUUAUAGUUCAUCUUUCCCUUUCUUUUUGCUGUUAUUGGAGGAUCUACCAUUCUACCUUACACGACUGUGUAGCAUAUACCAUAGUUUCUAGAAUUUUCGGUAAUCAUCUAUAAGGUUUACAAAAUAAAAAGUCCAAAUCAGUUUUGACUGUUAAUUUCUGUGAAAAUAUUUCG